UGUACGCAUGCGCCGUGAAUUGAAAACACGCUGACGUCAUAUUCAUUACCAGCCGUUUGUAGACAUUUAAAGGGUCAGCUGUCAACACGGAGACGGUAACGGCUUCCACAUACUGUUGGACUCAGAGCGAUUAUGCAGCAUGACGCGUUGAGGACAUCGCCCGUGUUCUUCCUCUGUGAAGGAAAAUGCAUCCUGUCGUCCUCCACCGACAACCGCACCCCUCAGAAUUUUGCCGAAACGCUUCCAACAGAAAUGAGCGUGAGGAUCUUCGGCGAGCUGGACACAGAGAGUCUGUGCAGUGCGUCGCGGACCUGCAAACUGUGGCAUGACAUCAUUGAGGAGAGUGAUCAGCUGUGGAGGAGGCAGUGUCUGCUGGUCAGAGGGGUGUGUCAGCGGGAGGUGGACCGUGACCGCAGGGAUGGCCUCUCCUGGAAGGUGACCUUGGUGAGGAACUACACUCGCAGCUGUCUGAAGAGGGAUUGGCUGAGAGGACGAUACAGCAACGUGGCGUCAGCCAAUGAGCUGAGUGGCAGGAGGAUGACGCCGCUGGAUGCCGAGACAUGGGGCGAGAUCCUGCAGGCGGAGCUGGACCGAUGAACAUGUUUUAGACUUGUAUUCACAGCACAUCGAGCACUUCAUGCAACUGACUUUUAACUUGUUAAUAUAUAUUUUAUACUUUAAUAAUACUUUACUUUAAAUACAAUCUCCUGUACAUAUCUUAUUAAAAAAAGUGUAAGUAAAACAAGAUCAUGGAAAAGAAAGAAAAGAGCUGGAAUCAACAACAACUGAAUUUGUGAUGUAAAUAUAACUCAGAUGCAUUAAAUGCGACUUUUCUAAAGCUCA